AUGGAACCGAAAGGAAUUGUUAAAGCAUUCCCCAAAGUAAAACGGUUGAGAGAAAGUAGCAAUUCAAAACAAGAAGCAAAAAAGAUCAAAGCAGAUGUUGAUGUUCAAGGAGAAUGUUUUGCUGGAGUCUGUGCUUAUAUCCUUCAGGCUGGAAUUGGUCAAGCCAGGUCUGGGAUCUUUCAGAAGCAGAUCAUUCAGAAUGGUGGCCAGGUUGUCCCCGAGUUUGGUCCAGAGGUGACACACAUUAUUGUGGAUGAUGGAAUGGAUUGUGGCCGUGCUUUUCGACUUUUGAAGUUGGAGAAACUGCCCACAGGUGUACAGCUAGUGAAAACCAGCUGGUUAAGCCUGUGUAUAAAAGAAAAGAAGGUUGUAAAUACAGCGGGGUACAGCAUAUUUAUUCCAGACAGGUACCUGGAUGUGAAAGACCAAGGAGAGCCUGAACAAAGGCACACGGGCAUUGUGGAUGACAAGAAAGAGCAUGAUGAACUGCCAAAAGCUACAGCCAGCUGCACCCACACGGAAGAGGCUUGUGAUGUUUCUAAGCUGAGUGAUGGCAAACUGCUUAAAGUACAGGAAUCUGAUGAGGGAAGUGAUGGAGAGGAUUUUGGUGUAACUCAAGGUGACCUGGAUGCAUUGAUGUUUGGCCAGCAAAUUACAAAGAACACAGAGCAUGAGAAGACUGGUAAAGAAGCACCAACAGUGUCUGGAAAGUGGGUAUGCGCCCAAUCAUCUGAGACCAAGAAAGAGAAUCACAAUCAGUUUAUCACUGACAAGCUGGAGGUGCUCGCAAAGGCCUACUCUGUUCAAGGAGACCGCUGGAGAUCUCUGGGAUAUUCAAAGGCUAUAAAUGCACUAAAAAGUUACCAUAAGCCAGUUACAUCUUCUCAGGAAGCUGCCAAAAUUCCUGGUAUUGGUAAGAAAAUGGCAGAGAAAAUUGAUGAAAUAUUGGACAGUGGGCAUCUGCGCAAACUAGAUCACAUUAGUGACAGCAUUGCUGUCCUAGAGGUCUUCUCUAACAUCUGGGGGGCAGGAGUGAAGACAGCCCAGAGCUGGUACCAACAGGGAUUUCGAAGUCUGGAUGACAUCCGCUCCAAGGCAAACCUGACCACCCAGCAGGCCAUUGGCUUGAAACAUUAUGAAGACUUCCUAGACCGCAUGCCCAGGGAAGAGGCUGGAAUGAUUGAAGACACUGUACGAAAAGCAGCCAAGGACAUCAAUACAGAGCUGAUGAGCAUAGCUUGUGGCUCAUACCGGCGUCAAAAAUCAACAUGCGGAGAUGUAGAUGUCUUGAUCACACAUCCAGAUGGGAAGUCUCAUAAAGGAGUUUUUAGCAAACUCAUUGACAGCCUUAAGUCCCAAGGAUUCCUUACUGAUGAUUUGGUGAGUCAUGAAGAAAAUGGAAGCCAGAAAAAGUACAUGGGGGUAUGCCGCCUGCCAGGACCAGGGCAGAAGCAUCGGAGACUUGAUAUCAUAGUUGUGCCAUAUUCAGAGUUUGCAUGUGCACUGAUGUAUUUUACUGGCUCAGCACAUUUUAACCGUUCCAUGCGUGCUCUGGCCAAGACAAAAGGGAUGAGUCUGUCUGAGCACUCCAUAAACAAAGACGUAGUGCGCAAUGGCAGUGUGAAGGUUAAUGCUGGCCAUCCUUUGCCAACGCCAACUGAGAGCCAUGUAUUUGAAAUCCUUGGGCUUCCUUUUAGAGAACCUCAUGAAAGAGAUUGGUAG